UGGAUGUGUUUGUUAAAGUUUGCAAUGUCUUAGCUUAGAAGAUGAUUGUUAUAAGUGAAAAAGGAAUUCCAAGUGAGAGCAAAGAUUUCUACUUUUACCGUCAUAACUGACAGCACCUAAACAGUAACGAAAACAGCUGAUAGUAGCAGCUGAUUCCCCCGAGGCAACAACAUAUAAGUCAAAUAAGUGAUAAACAAAUAUUUAUUAGCGUUUUUAGAAAACUAUUGUAUGAAUCAUUUCCACAACACUUUAGAAAUAGUGUUGCUAGUUGUAAGUACGUGAUUCAUAUUCUAAAUCAAGUUUGUACUUGUACACAAUGAGUAAAAGAACACAAAGCUAUGGCUCGAUGGCCUCUACUACAGAUGUUGAAUUUGCUGGAAACAUCUCAACUGAAUUCAACAACCUGUGUGAUAACAUAGUUACUAAUAUAUACACAAUAAACCAGAGCUGGAAAACUCUGGAAUCAUCCUUUAAAUCAUUAGGAACGAGCAGGGACAAUGAGGGAUUAAGAGGAAAAAUACAUGUAACUCAAUUAAGUACAAAUGAGAUAAUCGCUGUGACUAACAAUAACAUACAUAAACUUAAUAUGAUUGUAAGAAAAGGACAGAAGCAACAGAAAUUGCAAGUUGAGAAGCUAACAGAAAAUUUCAAAGAUGCAAUAGCUAGAUAUGGUGAUUUGCAAAAACAAGUCGCUGAUAAAAUGAAAACACAUUUAAUGGCAAUAGCAAGUCAACAAGUUGAAAGUGAAGUAUCACAUAAUACUGAAUACGAGCAGCAAGCUUUAAAGGUGAGGGAGUUGGCUUUUGAACAAGAUAUGUUGCAAGACAAGGAGAUACGAAUUAGGCAGAUUGAGGCAGAUGUUAUUGAUGUGAAUCAAAUUAUGAGAGAAUUAAGUGCAAUGGUAAAUGAGCAAGGAGAAGUCAUGGAUCGGAUAGAGAAUGGUAUUGAUUAUGCUACAGGGAAUGUAGAAGAGGGGACAUCAGAAAUCAUAAAGGCAGCUAGCUAUCAAAGGAAAUUCCGACGUCGAUUGUGUUAUUUAGUUAUAAUAGCUUUAAUCAUUGCAGCAAUUACAAUUGGGGUACUUGUGACGCAGCUAAAAAGAUAA